AUGGUUGAUUGCGGGAACCCGAGGUGUGCUCAGGAAAGAAGAUCAUUCCGAAAAGAACUAAUUUCCUGGGGAAAAAAGGUUCCAGUCUUAAUAGCAUAUGAAGCCAUAGCAGGUCAUUUCGGUGGAAAUAAAGUUUCAGAGACAAUUAACAACUGUUAUAAUGGUAAGAUUUUCUUUGAUUAUUCAAUUAUUUCUUGCCCAUACUCUUAUAAUAUUCACAAGUUUCAUGAUAAAACAAAAGCUUUGGAGAGAGAAACACCAGAAGAUUUUGCUCCAGAAAAAGAUUGUAUUUAUUGUGAAUCAAAGUUAGCUUCUAUAGUUGAUAUAGUAACCAAACUAACAGAUGAUGCUAAAAAGGGUAGAAUUGAUCCAGAUAAUGCUAAUCUUCGUUACCUACAAGACUUGCUGCCAUUCUGUACCCAGUAUUAUACACAGCAUGCUAAGAAAGAGAGCACUGAGGAGGAUAUAGAGGAUAGCUCGAAUAAUAAUAAUAAAUCACAAAUACAACUCAAGGUUCCACAACUCCCUAUUCCACCAGGGAAAUCAAAGAAAGAAUUAUUGACCAAUGGUAAGAGAGCUUAUUCAGAUGAUGAUUUAGUUUCUGCUGUUGGAGAUAUUCGUAGUGGUAAAUUGGGUACAAGACGAGCCUCUACACUGUACGGUAUCCCUAGAUCCACUCUCAGAAAUAAGAUAUUUAAAAUGGAAAUUGAUGAUCAAAAUGCUGAAGAUUCUAGUUCGAUUGAAGAGCUGGAGAAAAAUAUGAAAUUAACAGAUUUAAUGCAGGCAGGAAGUUUUGCCUUUUUACCGCCAUUACCUUUUGUUCUCCCUUUUCAAAAAGAAGAUAUUUCACCUGAGGAAAUGCAGAGAAGAAUUGAAAUUGUUCGUCAGAAACAUAAUAUUGAUGGUACAUUUGAUGUCGCCACAAAACCUGCACACGUUAACGAACUCAAACUACCAUUAUUGUCAGAUUUGAUUCAUAAAUUGGUGGAACAACGAUUUGAAAUGGAGUGCCAAAAAAGUGCCUCGAAAAAGAAUAAAGAUGGCGAUAACGCAACAAGUUUUGCCCUGGGCAAUCCUUUCACCUCACCCUUAACUGCAGCCUAUUUGUCAUCAUUGGUUAGCGCUGAUGAAAAAGAUAUCCGAAUUCCGUCCUACAAAGGUGCCAGUCCUACACAUAAUAACAAUAAUAAUAAUAAUCAUUUAUCAGAGAAGAGUAAACUAUAUGGUAAAGUUUACGAAGAAGGAAGAAUUGGAGAAACGUUAAAAGAUAUCAUUAUGAAGACCAUCACAGAAAAAAUGAGAUUUCGUGAUGGUUCAGACAGUAGUUCUGAAGCUGAUGUCUCUAGUCCUUUACGAUCACAUUUCAGUAAUAAAAUUUCUUCUCAGAUGACCAUACCUAGCUCAAAAUAUUCCAAUAACCACAGUCCUGCUAAACGAAGCAGAAAAGAUAAGAAGGAGGAGGUAACUCCACCUAAUGCUAAUGCCUUGAAGAAGACCAGACCAAAGCGAGGCCAAUACAGGAAGUACAACAGUGCUCUACUGAUGGAGGCUGUGAAAGCUGUUCAACGUGGAGAAAUGAGUGUUCACAGAGCUGGCAGUUAUUAUGGUGUGCCUCAUUCUACUCUUGAGUACAAAGUCAAAGAGAGGCAUUUAUUACGUCAGAAGAAACUGAGGGAACAGCAGCCAGCUAAAGAAUCAAAAAUUAAUUCCACAACAUCAAAUACAGAAGAAGGACCGAGCCCUUCAAAGACACCCAAGAAAUCUGAAUCGAGUAAAGCAUCAUUAAAUUUUAGUCCAGGUAAAGAUGCUUCCUCUACGGGGUUACCAUGGUAUCAACCUUAUAUUAACACAAAUCCUGAUAUUAAGCCUGAACUCAAUUUCUUUCCAUCAGGGUUUGCAUUAAGCACGCCAGCAUCAGAACUGCUACGUAAAUUACAACACAAAGUUCAGAAUAAAAGUCCCAAUUCAUCAGAUACAUCAUUUGAAUUCCCGACCACUACUAAUGGCACAAACAGUAACGGUAAUACAACCAGUAAUGAUAGCUUCAUGCCAGUAUAUAAUUAG